CAAGUCGAGAUUGAGUUGCGCUUAGGAUCGUUUUUUCGUACAAUCUAAAUACUUCACUUUUGGGCGGAGAGGAGUGAGGCUUUGGAUAAUCUGACACCAGGAAUUCCUCUUUGAACAUUAUGAGCGCUGUUUUGAAGAAAAGCACUUCAACUGGCAAUGAAAAACUGUUAACAUCUGAAGAGAAGCAGGAAAAGAUUAAUGAGGUGAGGAUGUUGUUAGGGACAUUGCCAGAUAAGCUGUCCAUAUUCUGUUCUGAUGCAUUGAUUUCAAGAUAUUUGAGGGCGCGGAACUGGAACAUUAAAAAAGCAACUAAAAUGCUUAAGGAAACAUUGAAAUGGAGGUCCGAGUACAAGCCUGAAGAAAUUCGCUGGGAAGAGGUUGCUCAUGAAGCUGAGACAGGGAAAAUAUACAGAUUGAAUUAUGUCGACAAGCAUGGGAGAAGUGUUCUUGUCAUGCGACCUAGUUGUCAGAACACAAAGUCAACCAAAGGACAAAUUAGGUACUUGGUAUAUUGCAUGGAGAAUGCAAUUUUAAAUCUGUCACCUGAACAAGAACAGAUGGUCUGGCUAAUUGAUUUUCACGGCUUCAAUCUGUCAAAUAUUUCUGUGAAGGUUACUAAGGAAACAGCCCACGUUUUACAAGAACAUUACCCAGAAAGGCUUGGUCUGGCGAUCCUGUACAAUCCACCCAGGAUCUUUGAAUCCUUUUGGAGGGUGGUGAAACCCUUUUUAGAACCCAGGACUUCUAGGAAAGUAAAUUUUGUUUACUCAGGUGACCUCAACACCAAGAAGACUAUGGAGGACCUCUUUGACAUGGACAAGUUGGAGGUGGCAUUUGGAGGGAAUAGUCAAACAGGUUUUAACAUUGCCGACUAUGCUGAAAGGAUGAGAGAAGAUGACAAGAGAAUGCCCACAUUUUGGACCAGAGAGAAUUCUCUUGUCAACCCACAACCAGCACUGGCAAAUGCCCCUCCUUUUGAUCAAGCUGACGCAGAAUCAGGUUCUGAUGACUCCAGAGAGAACAAUUCAUUCUCUCCAGGGGUUGAUUCAGAAGAAUGCACUGAUAGUUCACCAGUGGCCAAUGGUAGUAGCUGUGAUGCUUGAGAUAUAAAUUCUGAUUAAGGGACAACUAAAUUGGGCAGUCCCUGGGAUAAAGUAAACUAAAGAGUUCGCUUUUCUCUUAAUUUAGAUUAGAACCUUGAAAUCAACCCGAUAUCUCUUUCUCUCUCUCCCAGCC